AGGACAACCUUCCGGAUGACGUUAAGAAAUGGACUCCGGAAGAUGCAAAAAAAUUUCUCAUUUCUAAAAUUAAAGACCUAGAUUAUAAAGAAACUGAUAUAAAAACAAUAAGGGACGAGCCAAGUCCAGCUGAAUCAAUAAUGGAGUUGGUAGAAGAGCUGAACGAAAAAUUAUGUAAGUAA